AUGACUGAAAAACUCUACAUCUCUUAUGACCACAUUCACAAACUCUGCCAGGAAGGUGCCGAGCGAAUGAAGACCAAAUUCCGCCCAGACCUUAUGGUGGCCAUUGGUGGUGGUGGAUUUAUCCCCGCGCGUAUUCUGCGUACCUUCCUUAAGGAACCCGGCCAAAAAAAUAUCCCUAUCCAAGCCAUUGGUCUGUCACUGUAUGAAGACCUGGGUGCUGAAGAUGAAGCUAAUGCUGCUGAAACUUUGGGUGCCCAAGUUGUUCGUACUCAGUGGCUUGACUUUGGUACUAUGGCCCAACGCUCUGUCGACUUUAUCGGCAAAACUGUUCUUAUUGUUGACGAGGUUGAUGAUACUCGUACUACCCUUCACUAUGCCCUCUCGGAACUUGAAAAGGAUGUCCGUGAACAAGCAGAACGCCUCGGCCGUCAAGAUGAAAAAACUACCUUUUUGAUUUUUGUCCUUCACAAUAAGGAUAAACCUAAACGUGCUGAACUCCCAGAAGCAAUGAUGACUGAGGACCGCUAUGUUGCUGCCCGUACUGUUCCAGAUGUCUGGAUCGCAUACCCAUGGGAAUCUAGAGAUAUUACCGAACACACAAAGAGAGCCGUUGCGCAAGGAAACAAUUAA